AUCCCUUCGUGCCCUUUCGCUCCUCUCAAUCCAUCCCCAGAAGGCGUUGCUUGUCCUUCGGUCGAGAACGAAGGAUCUGCUCACCUUAACGACCCUCGAUCGUCCUCAAUUCCUUCCUCCUUCAUCCAACUCGACCUCAUUCUUUCACCUCUUACCUCGACCUUAUCCAACUUCAAUUCAGUCUUUCUCGCCAUCCCUUUCAGAUUUUAUAUUUUCGUCCCCGGUGGAACGCUCGUUGGGUCGCUGGAGAGACCAACCACAUUCCAUUCUCUAUUCUUUGUCCUGCAUUCGGUACCUUACAGCUGACAAGCUUUACGACCACCGGUCUACCACUUCUCUGAACAGCUCUUCCCCGCUUAGAUUAUUGUCCGUUAUACGACGAGUAUAUGGGAAUAGCCACUCUUUUGUUUUGAAAAGAACGGAAACCGGAUUCGGGAGGAUCGGCAAGAAUCCAGACACUUCCUUGCGCUGCGCCCAUUUUAUCCCGAAAAAGCGACUGUACCAAGAGAAGCUGGAAUCCAAACCUACUUCAAUCAACGGGCGACCAAGGUUGCGCACUAGAGGCUAAAUACUAUCGCCAUGGCGCACUCUGAGUCAGCAAGAUCACACCCUAACCAUCUCUUCCGGCGAUGUGUACAAUGCCCACCAGAGCCUCCCAGCUGCCCUCAAUGUUCGGCAGAUGAAAGAUGUUCCUUGUCGGCUCAAUCUUGCAGUUCAUGUGCAUCAACAACCUGCGUCAAGCUCAAUACAAUCCCGGGCCAGUCAUCGCCCAAGAAGUCUACCCCCGUCGGUGGAAUCGUUGGUGGUGUGAUCGGAGGUUUAAUCUUUUUGGCUGUCGCCAUAUAUUGCAUCUAUCGGUUUCGAUCUCGCAAGAAGAGACGCAUUGAAACUUGGGAUCCGCCCGAGAAACGAGAUCAGUCUACCCUGCACCGAUCUCAUCGUCAAUCUACACGAUCUGCGCACUCGAUCGCGUCGACGGUGCUCACGCGAGCCUCGAAUGUCAUUCAGAUCGCAUACAUUCCUGGUGUCACGGUUCGAUCACCACCAGAAUCACCGGCACUCCUCGUUCCACCUGUUCCCGCUCUGCCUGGCAGCUUAGGCAAUUCGACGACGUCCACGCCUGCUCUCGAGCAACACUUUUUCAUGCCUGGGGAUCUCAGAGAUUCUACGUGGUCCGAUACAGAUUCGGUAGACGCUCGCUUUAGUGUUGCACCUAGCUUGGCUCGAAACAGUGUGGCAACUACGAUUUAUCGAAGCGAUGCCAUCGUUCCGCCAAUUCCGGCACAACAAGCAUUCCGAGCACAAGCAAAUGUUGUCAGCGUUAAAUCGGGCGCCAAUACACCAGGAACUUCUUCUACACCAAGCACCAGAACCCCUAAGAUCCCACAGGUUCCUGCUAUGGGAAGCUCGGGGAGUUCUAUUGUAGCAAGAAAUGUCACGGCCAGACCUAUUGAAGUCAAAAAGACCAAUUCCGGUACAAGCGUUCCAACUUUGGCAAAUCUCGCAAAGAAAGCGGCUCGUCAAAGUGGUACCCCUUCACCCACCACCGAAAAGAGCAUACCCAUCUACAGCGACGAAAAGGAAGUUGUUAUUUCAAAGUCGACUGUUUCUUCUCCUAGUACUGCCAUGAUGGAUGAUCCCAUUUCUCCCAUCACAAUCCCACGACCUGCGUUUGCUGGCAAUCAAUCGACACGAUCCUCUUCGGUCAGCGCGAUCCUACCUCCGGAUGCACUGAAGCAGUCUGCCAACAACAAUCCCAUCAAUGCCAUGAUUGCUGAUGCAAUCAAUAGAGCAAGGGACCCUCAAGCCAUCGGGGUGACAAGUCCGACUUCACGUCCUCCACUUGUCCAACAUGACUCUGGGCCAUUUUCAGAUUCUAACGAGGUCAAGGAAAACUUGUCUUGAUGUAUAUAUACUUGCUUCUUCUGAAAUUUAUGUGCCACGAGGCCAUUCUUAUGAGUCUUUCAGCGAUUUGAGAUGUUUUAGAUACCACGUAGAGCGAUGAUCAGUCACAUUGUCGCGGAAUGAAAAGUGUUUCCGACCAUCAA